AUCACAGGCAUUUCAGUGGCUGUAGUGCUAGUAGCAGUAAUCCUACUUUGUUGCUUCAAGAGAAAAUGCUCAUUAGUUACAUCCACAAUCUUUUGGAACAAGGGAAGAGAGAACCGUCAACAGAUUGAACUCUUUCUAAAGAACUACGGAUCCCUUGCCCCAAAAAGAUACAGUUAUUCAGAUGUUAAGAAAAUGACCAAUUCUUUUGCGUACAAACUAGGUCAAGGAGGAUAUGGAGGUGUAUACAAGGGAAAACUAAAAAAUGGUCGUUUGGUGGCAGUGAAGGUUUUAACUGAUUCAAAAGGCAACGGGGAAGAUUUUACUAACGAGGUUGCAAGCAUUAGUAGGACUUCACAUGUUAAUGUUGUCACCCUUACGGGUUUUUGUUUUGAGGGCACCAAAAGAGCUCUCAUCUAUGAGUUCAUGCUUAAUGGAUCUCUUGAGAAGUUCAUAUAUGAUGAAAGUUCCUCAAUAAAACGUCAAUUAGGGUGGGAAACAUUAUAUCAAAUUGCAGUUGGCAUUGCUCGAGGAUUAGAGUACUUGCAUCGAGGUUGCAACACAAGAAUUUUGCACUUUGACAUAAAGCCUCAUAACAUUCUUCUCGAUGAAGACUUCUGCCCAAAGAUCGCUGAUUUUGGUCUUUCGAAACUAUUCCCAAAGGAGGAGAGUAUCUUAUCAACGGUGGGCGCAAGAGGGACAAUUGGGUAUAUUGCUCCUGCAGUAUUUUCAAGAAGUUUCGGAGUGGUAUCUCACAAGUCAGAUGUCUAUAGUUAUGGAAUAAUGGUUUUAGAGAUGGUUGGAGGGAGAAAGAAUAUUUAUAUUGGAGUUGAUCAUACCAGUGAAAUAUAUUUUCCCCAUUGGAUACACAAGCGUGUGGAGCUAGAUGACGAUUUGGGAUUUUAUGGUAUAAUGAAUGAAGAGCAAAAUGAAAAAGCAAGGAAGAUGAUAAUAGUUGGCUUAUGGUGCAUACAAACUGACCCCUCAAAUAGGCCAUCCAUAAAUAAGGUGAUUGAAAUGUUAGAAGGGAGCCUAGAGUCCUUGCAAAUCCCACCCAAGCCAUUCUUGUCUUCUCCCCCAAGAACGCCUGCACAUUCUUCAACCAUACAAAUAUUGUAAUAUUAUGCUUUAAUUAUGUAAUCUUAAGUCCAUCAUC